AUCGUUUGCGUUUCGGUAUGACCGUGCGACCGUGCCGUUAGCAGCCGAGCAGCUGAUAGUAGUGAGUGAUUCGAGGGGUGUCAACACGGUAGCUGCUGGCUGGUCGAGGCUGGUUACUGAGGGCUGUGUUGCUCUAUCGGGUUCUAGGGUGCCCGUCGCGAUAACUGCUUGUUCCUUCUGCGGCGUUUGCAUGAACAAAAAUGUUCGAUCGCCCGGUCUUGCCUGCUGCAUCAGUUAGCUGUGCGAAGCCGCGGCAGUCCUGAGGUCACGUGCGUGAAUACCCUCAGCUCGGUUUGUGCUGUUGUGUGCAGAAGCGCUGCCGGCCACUCGCUGUCUCCGGUCUGCAUUGCAGAACGCCCCCUUUCAUGAGCUUGUUGUGUGUGCACGACCCUCAGAACUAGCGGCAUUACUAUACUAGCUUGUACUCACCUCAGCUGGCCUAGCAAUGGACCCGUUGGGCUCACCGUUGGACAUUGUAGACGUUGCGGUCCUGAAACGAUGGCACCAAAUAGCCCCCCGGGAGCCUGUCCUUGAAGAAAAGGACAGGCCGGAUGCCCAAGAAAAGUACUGCCGCGAGUUCACACCGUUUCCUAUCAACGAAGAGCUUAACCGAAAAAUUGCCCUUUGGGUUGGCGACGUGACCUGCCUGAAUGCCCACGCCAUUGUCAACUCCACAAACGAAAAUCUGACGGACAGAAGUCCUCUAAGUCAAAGGCUCGUAGCGAGGGCUGGACCACAAUUGAAGCAAGACUUGCUCAACGAAAUUCAGUCAUGCCGCACUGGAGAAGCCAAGUUGAGCAAGGGGUACAACCUUCCAGCACGUUUUGUGAUCCACACUGUAGGGCCCAAGUACAAUGUCAAGUUUCACACAGCAGCAGAGACAGCACUUCAUUCGAGCUAUUGGCGGGUGCUGCAAAUGAUACCUGAGCACGGGCUUCGCACCCUUGGGCUCUGCCCAAUCCAUUCCAUGCGCAGGUCCUACCCCGCUACAGAAGGAGCCCACAUAGCUCUUAGAACACUUCGUCGCUUUCUUGAAAGGCAUGGGGACACAGUGGACCUCAUUGUCGUCACUGUAGAAGGUGGCGAGGUGGGCACUUAUGAACAGUUGCUACCACUGUACUUCCCUCGCACCAGCCUGGAGGAAGAGCAUGCACGGCAGCGGCUUCCCAAGGAUAUCGGUGGGCCUCUUGGAGAACCUUUACUGCCCGAGAGGGGUAUCCGCAUUGUUGACAAGCCCUUUGGAGAGGAAGCAAGUGAAGAGAAGGAGCUGGAUCCAGGACCUCUAAUGGAGGGAUCGGUGUGUGUUGGCCGCACAGCCUUCGCACGCAUGCAGGGAGAUGUUGACAGACAGGGUGGUCGUGUACUCUCAGACCCUAUGACACGGGAGAUCCAACGUUCCCAUAGGUACACCAGACUGCUACGAAAGGCCCGUCAGGAGGAUCUGCGCAUGGUGCGAGAAGCACGUUUUUUUUAUGAAGCUGGACGAGAUCGAAACGGGCGCCCCGUGUUUGUCUUUGUGGGGCGGAGGUUUCGAGGCUUGAACCCAGAACAUGUGCUGCUGCAAAUCCUGUUCACCCUGGACACAGUCGCACAGCCAUUUGUGGUAGUGUACCUUCACACAGUGGCGCAAGAACCGGCCGAGUUGGAAGCUCUCCUGAAAGAUGCACUCGAGCUGUUGGGCCCCAAACACAGGCAGAACCUGCACUGCCUGUACCUCGUGCAUCCAGGCUGGUGGACGCGGGUGACAGCGUGGUGGUUCUGCACAUUCCGUGCCCCUGAUCUGAGGCAUCGGUUGUGCCUGGUGUCCAAGUUGGAUGAGCUUUACCAGGAUAUUGCACCUGACCAGCUGGAUUUGCCACGAUUUGUGCUUGAGCACGACUUUAUGGUGUGUGUGCACAGAUAAAUGGGCCACGGCGACAAGAAAUUGCACCAGAUGUGGAAUAGUCUUUUUGCCUCGUUUUACUAUGUGGUGCCAUGCCACUUUGGUGAUGCUUUUAUCUUUCAUUUCUGUACAGUGCUGAACCGAAAGCUCUUGCCAAAGUGGGAAGUUGCCCUACUGUGCUGCAUUACAGUCAAGAUUGUGUGUGCCAUUUCUUUAUUUCUCUAAUGGCUGUGGUGUGCUUAAGUUAGGUGCAAAUUUUAGGUGUCAUCCUUUCUUGCUAGUCUUAAUUAGUGGCUCACUGAAUAUUAUUGUGUUCGGAGCUGAGAGGUUGCAGCCUUGGCAGCUGUAUAAGACGGGAUCAUGCUUUUCUAUUUUAUUACUUAUUUAGAUUACUCAUACAAGCUGAUGCACCGGAUGUUUCACCAGCUGAGCAGGACCUUUUUUAAAAAUUGUGUAUAUAUAUUUUAUGUCAAGUUAUUCUGUUCGCACGUCUGUUAUAUGCAGUGGACAGAUAUGGGAUGUGAAUAUAUUUUUUCCUACAAGACUUGCAGGGUUGAAUCUGUAAACAUUUUUUGUAUGUAUAAAGAUUUUGUAUGACAUUUCGA